AUACAGAGUGUCAUCGGUGAGUCAUGGAGCCAAUGAGAGGACACGAUUCCAAUAAUCUAGCAAAAGGGCGAUGUGUCCAUGUAACGGGACUCCUCUCACAUCUGCGUUUACUGCCAUCAGCCACAAAGCCCAUGCUCACGGAAUCGAGUGUAAUAUAAACUUCAAAGAUGCAGUUUAUGCUGCUCUUUAGCAGGCAGGGGAAGCUGCGGCUUCAGAAAUGGUACGUGCCGCUGUCUGACACACAGAAGAAGAAGAUCUCCCGUGAGGUCAUUCAGAUGGUGCUAGCACGCAAACCCAAAAUGUGCAGUUUCCUGGAAUGGAGGGAUCUGAAAAUAGUCUAUAAAAGAUAUGCCAGCCUUUACUUUUGCUGUGCUGUGGAGGACCAAGAAAACGAGUUGAUAACCCUGGAGAUUAUCCACAGAUACGUGGAACUGCUGGACAAAUAUUUUGGCAGUGUGUGUGAACUGGACAUUAUCUUCAACUUUGAGAAAGCCUAUUACAUACUGGAUGAGUUUAUCCUGGGUGGUGAAGCCCAGGAGACAUCAAAGAAGAAUGUUCUGAAGGCCAUAGAGCAGGCUGAUAUGCUGCAGGAGGAAGCCGAGACGCCACGUAGUGUUCUGGAGGAGAUUGGACUGACAUAAAUGUUGAGGACUAACAAACCUACCAAAACACUAACACACAUAAUCCUUUCUUUUUUCUGUGGGCAUUUUCUCUAUAUCUGUAUUUUAGGUUAGCUUGCAGGCAAAAGUAGUGUUUAAAAUAAUCAGCACUUCCUGCAUAAACAGCAAGGUAUUGAUGCCUGUUUUUCUACUGCCAAACAUCUAAGGGAAUCAAGGUCAUCAAAAAAUUAAUCUGCACCACUAUCUUAGUAGUUAUGCAAAUUUCCCAUAGUGUUUGACUGUUUGGGAGUCAGGUUUGGAUCAGUACAUUUGUAGCAAAGAUUAGCAUCAGCAUCGCCACUUUUCCCAUGAUGUCUUCUCUGUAUUAAAACAUUACCUCUCACCUUCAGCUGCCUUAAAACACUCAUUUCCAGCUCACACAUUGUUUGCCAGUAUUUUUUGCAACUUUCAGUAGAUCCAGUAGAAGUCAGAGGUUCAAGACCAGGACUUGCUGAAGUGUUACGGAAUACGGACAUUCUUAUUCAGCUCCAAAGGGGAAAUACAGAUAAUGUAAAUUUAUCAUACAGAAUUUUUGGCAUAAAUUCAAUGAUUGUAGGCACAAGUAAACAUCAGUAUUAGUAAAUUCUUGACCAAAAACACUGUAAUGAUUUGUUCCUGUGAACACUUAAUUGGUUCAGGCAUAUCGGGCAUUUGCCAUUCUUCUGUUGUUUAGUUUCUAAUGCCAAAGAAUUUUCUCCACCAUCCUCAUGCUUUUUCCCAUAAAACCGUCUUUGUAUGCUAUUGUGUUGGACUGUUUGUCAGACUUCCUCUUGAAAAUACAUGUCUUUUGAAGCUUAAACAAAACAAAUGAUGAAUAAAAGUCAGAUAUUGCAACGUGUUGUCCAAAUCUUUGACGAUCGCUUACUAAUAAAGAAUAUUAUUUGA